CUACUGUUGAUCCCAUGAUACAAGUUCACGUUUCAGCUGUCUGGCAUUGAGGUAUCUUUACUGUUGAUUGGACUGUUUUGGACACGCUCGGUUCUUGCGAUCAACAUUGUGUCAGGAACGUGUCUAACGUGUCAAGUCAAGCACUGAGGUAACAUCAACCAAGUAAAGAUGGACGCGUGAUGGAAAAAUCUGAUGGCAAAGUCUUCAUAAGAAGAAAAUAUAGAGUAUGAGCUAACAGCAUAGAGUACGAGGUAACAGCGUUUAAAAACUUCUUCAAGUUUACUUUUACGUUGAGACAUUAAACUUAAUAGUUAAAAAUGUACUUACCAUGUCUUCAAAGAUGCACACCUGUUAAUCCGUUCAUCACAGUUGGAAUUCUUCACCUUAUCACUUUCAACUGACAAUGUCGCAGGAGCAGAUCGACUGGGCUAUUUCCUAUUAGAUUGCCAAUAGUUUCUUUUUAAGUUUCGUGUUUGAAAAGCUCCUCACACGUGACCCCCACAGACACACAGAUCGUGAGAAAUAAUUGUUUAGGCUAAAUGAGAGGAUUGGGAGAGAUUUUUGUUCCAUAUAGGAAUCUAACCUUACUUUGUUCCAUAUAGAAAUCUAACCUUACUUUGUUCCAGAUAGAAAUCUAACCUUGCUUUGUUCCAUUUAGGAAUCUAACCUUACUUUGUUCCAUAUAGGAAUCUAACCUGACUUUGUUCCAUAUAGAAAUCUAACCUUGCUUUGUUCCAGAUAGAAAUCUACCUUACUUUGUUCCAUUUAGGAAUCUAACCUUACUUUGUUCCAUAUAGGAAUCUAACCUUACUUUGUUCCAUAUAGGAAUCUAACCUUACUUUGUUCCAUAUAGAAAUCUAACCUUGCUUUGUUCCAGAUAGAAAUCUAACCUUGCUUUGUUCCAUUUAGGAAUCUAACCUUACUUUGUUCCAUAUAGGAAUCUAACCUUACUUUGUUCCAUAUAGAAAUCUAACCUUGCUUUGUUCCAGAUAGAAAUCUACCUUACUUUGUUCCAUUUAGGAAUCUACCUUACUUUGUUCCAUUUAGGAAUCUAACCUUACUUUGUUCCAUAUAGGAAUCUAACCUUACUUUGUUCCAUAUAGGAAUCUAACCUUACUUUGUUCCAUAUAGAAAUCUAACCUUACUUUGUUCCAUAUAGAAAUCUAACCUUGCUUUGUUCCAGAUAGAAAUCUACCUUACUUUGUUCCAUUUAGGAAUCUAACUUUACUUUGUUCCAUAUAGGAAUCUAACCUUACUUUGUUCCAUAUAGGAAUCUAACCUUACUUUGUUCCAUAUAGAAAUCUAACCUUGCUUUGUUCCAGAUAGAAAUCUAACCUUGCUUUGUUCCAUAUAGAAAUCUAACCUUACUUUGUUCCAGAUAGAAAUCUAACCUUACUUUGUUCCAUAUAGAAAUCUAACCUUACUUUGUUCCAUAUAGGAAUCUAACCUUACUUUGUUCCAGAUAGAAAUCUAACCUUACUUUGUUCCAGAUAGAAAUCUAACCUUGCUUUGUUCCAUAUAGGAAUCUAACCUUGCUUUGUUCCAUAUAGAAAUCUAACCUUACUUUGUUCCAUAUAGAAAUCUAACCUUACUUUGUUCCAUAUAGAAAUCUAACCUUACUUUGUUCCAGAUAGAAAUCUAACCUUGCUUUGUUCCAUAUAGGAAUCUAACCUUGCUUUGUUCCAUAUAGAAAUCUAACCUUACUUUGUUCCAUAUAGAAAUCUAACCUUACUUUGUUCCUUACAGGAAUCUAUUUUUUACUUUGUUGCCCCCCUCCCCCCUCUUUAAAAAAAAAUACUUUAAGAACAUCGGUGGAGAUUUUCGAGACGAGGCGCUAGAGCCACGUGUGGGUGACCAGUACCCACGUUGUCAUGGACACAAGAUCGAGGAAGAGACGACGAGGAGACAGGACGUACAGAGAGCAGGAUGACCGUGAAGACCAAGGCAAGUAACUCUAGCGUCUCCACAACCAGAUUCAUUUCCUCUUCGCUUGAUCACAUUUGUUUAUGCUUUUUUUAAGGGAAAAAAAAGGGGGGCGGGGGGGGGGGGGUUCCCUCUGUUACCCUUGUCGGAAAUUUGCGGGUUUUCUCCAUGACAUUUUGGCAUUUUUUACAAACAAAUGUAACAAAAUCCUACAAUCAUGAAGAAUUAUGGGAGCAAAGGAAACAUUUUCUUGGAUAUAAAUAUAAAACAUCUCCAUGAAAUAAAAGAAAUGCAUUCAAGACAAAGGCUCACGCAGGUUUUAUGAUACAACUGAAGGAGCAGAACUAUACUUAUUUUGUUGAACUUGACACUUUUUACACAUUUUUCAAUAUUAUUUGAAAAAUUAAAAUAAAUAUAAUCAAAUUUAAUUUAAAAGAACAGGUCAACAACAGGUCAACAACAACCACAACAACAGGUCAACAACAACAACAACAACCACAACAACAGGUCAACAACAACAACAACAACCACCACAACAACAGGUCAACAACAGGUCAACAACAACCACAACAACAGGUCAACAACAGGUCAACAACAACCACAACAACAGGUCAACAACAACCACAACAACAGGUCAACAACAACCACAACAACAGGUCAACAACAGGUCAACAACAACCACAACAACAGGUCAACAACAGGUCAACAACAACCACAACAACAGGUCAACAACAUGUCAACAACAACCACAACAACAGGUCAACAACAACAACAACAACAACAAACGCCGGCGUCUUUGAAUUCAGCAGACCGUGAACAUGUGUAGCUAUAACUAGACCCCUUUAACAAUAUACCGUCAACCACCGUUUCUGUGUCUGUGUAGUCAGUGGCCACAACGAUUACCACUUGGACCCUUACUGCCAUUCUCCCUGUCUCCUUUCAGCCAGUGGCCACAACGAUGCCACUUGGACUCAUACUACCAUUGCCCCUGUCUCCUUGCAGCCAGUUGCCACAAGGAUGCCACUUCGACUCAUACUACCAUUCUUCUUGUCUCUCUGCAGUCAACUUUCACCAAGAUACCUCAGCUGUCCUCCCGGACUAUCAAGCAAGUACAAGCUGUUCCCCCGGCGAGGCCUCACUGGUCACGGGGCGCUGCUCCCCCAGCAUGCCUCCACUGGUCACAGGGCGCUGCUCCCCCAGCAUGCCUCCACUGGUCACCGGGAUCAUCUCGCCAUCACCCCUCCCCCGACAGUGCAACUCAAGCCCUAAAGUCUCUCAUGUCCGUAGUCCAUCACCAGCUCGGAUGUUUCGCCAGCGGGAGCAGUCAGAAUUAAAGGUAUUGGGGAGCAGUCAGAAUUAAAGGUAUUGGGGAGCAGUCAGAAUUAAAGGUAUUGGGGAGCAGUCAGAAUUAAAGGUAUUGGGGAGCAGUCAGAAUUAAAGGUAUUGGGGAGCAGUCAGAAUUAAAGGUAUUGGGGAGCAGUCAGAAUUAAAGGUAUUGGGGAGCAGUCAGAAUUAAAGGUAUUGGGGAGCAGUCAGAAUUAAAGGUAUUGGGGAGCAGUCAGAAUUAAAGGUAUUGGGGAGCAGUCAGAAUUAAAGGUAUUGGGGAGCAGUGAGAAUUAAAGGUAUUUGGGAGCAGUCAGAAUUAAAUGUAUUGGGAAGCAGUCACAACUAUAAGUAUUAGGGAGCAGUCAGAAUUAUAGGUACUGGGGAGCAGUCAGAAUUAUAGGUACUGGGGAGCAGUCAGGACUAUCGGUAAUGGGUAACAUUCACAACUGAAAAGGGUCCGGUAAAAAAAUAAAUUACAUUUUUUUUGGUCAAAGUUGCCGGCCAAAAACUACAGAUGAUGACGUCAAUUGAACAUGUUCGAUUUAUGUUAAACAAAACUUAACAUUCAGUUUUACAGAAUUUACGAAUAAAAAUAAUGAGCAUCUCCAGUGAUAAACAACGUAACAAGCCGAUCAAUUUUUGGUUUUGCGCCCCCCCCCCUCCGAAAAAAAAACAAAACAGAUUUUGAUUAGUUAAAAAUUCCUUAAUGCUAUUUUAAAGGGACGUGACCACGUAGUCUGAAAAUGAACGCUGGCUCAAACGUUGUCACCCUUCCUUGGUAGGACUAAAGCUUUUCAUAAAUUAAUAAGCGUUCAAUAUCGCUUUACAAGGAAAGCAAUUGCAUUUUCUGAAAGUGCAUAGUUGUUGCAACUAUUCUCUCUCUCUUUCACUCUUUAUCACUGCCGCUCUCUCACUCUCUCUCUACCCCAUUGUCUCUUUUACUCUCUCCUUCUCUUUCUCUCUUUUCUCUCUCUCUCUCUCUUUUGAAUUUUUCUCUCCACUUCAUGUGAUCUCGAAAUUGUGUCCACUUCUGCCCUGGUCUCUCUACACGACAGCUGCUGAAUGAGCGCCUGUCCUUCCAUUCGGAGCACAUGAAACAACUGCAGGCGGAGAACAUGCGACUCAAGAUGCAGAUCGAGGCGAUGGACGGCGUCAUCAAACGUGAGUCGACCAACAUCAGAGUGCUGCACGGGGAGGAGAUCAAGGCCUUACAGAAUCUGCUGGACAGGUGUAUCGAGGUGGGGCGUCAGCCGUGGGUCUAUCAGUGGGGCGUCAGCCGUGGGUCUAUCAGUGGGGCGUCAGCCGUGUGUCUAUCAGUGGGGCGUCAGCCGUGUGUCUAUCAGUGGGGCGUCAGCCGUGUGUCUAUCAGUGGGGCGUCAGCCAUGGGCCUACCAGUGGGGCGCCAGCCGUGGGUCUGUGUGUUAUGACGUCAGGUGUGAAAUUUUUAAUGUAACAUAAAAAAGGGGGGGGGGAUUAUUUAAUGAAAAAGCUUUGUUCCUACUUUAGGAUCAAGGUUAAUUAUACAUGUUUACGUUUCAUUGAAUUAGGCGUUUGGCCGACACUUUGUUUGUUCGUGUGUAAUUUUUUUUACAACUAUCUCAUUUACUGUGAGCUGCAUUAAGGUAUUUUUUAUACACCUAGUUCACAAUCUCAAAUAUAUCCUUUCCUACUCCUCUUUAUCCUUCCCUACUUCUCUCUAUCCUUCCCUACUCCCUUCCCUGAUUCACUUUGCCUCUAUAUUAAUACUAUAAUUCAAUACACCCCUUUAUCACUCCCUACGGCUCUCUAUCACUCCCUACGCCUAUUUAUCAUCCCAUACGCCUCUCUAUCACUCCCUACGCCUCUAUCAUUCACUACGCUUCUCUUUUAUUCCCUACGCCUCAAUUAUCAUUUCCAAUGCCUCUCUAUUACUCCAUACACCUGUCUUACGCAUCUCUAUCACUCACUACUACUCUCUAUCACUCACUACUACUCUCUAAUCACUCACUACGCGUCUCUAUCACUCACUACUACUCUAUAUCAUUACUUUCGUCCCCUAAAAUGAGUAAGAAUGUACAGUUGACUGUUUUGAUAGGAAAAAUGCCAAGUUGACAUGGAAUGUGGCAAGUUCAAAGCGGAAGUGGCCAGUCUUCAACAACAAUUAAAAAACAGAGACGUUGAUAUGACGUCAAUACAGAAACGUCUCGAGGCCUACCAGACGAUGUCGAGGUCACAUACUGAGCUCAAGGUAAUGACACGUGUCCCCCCAUUCUUACUCCUAAAACAUAUUUGGCGUUAUACACUAGUCUAAAACAUAUUUGGCUUUAUACACUAGUCUCAAACAUAUUUGGCUUUAUGAACUUGUCUCAAUUCCUCUACUGGUGUUUGCAAAAUAAUCUAGAAAGCCCUACCCUGUUCCUGUACUUAUUUGUCGUGGGCUGCCUUAGGGGUGCUUGGUGGUACUGUGAUAAACUGGUUGCAGUACUGUAAGAGCGGUAUGUGGUACUGUCUGAGCGGUUUGUAGUACAUUAUGAGCGGGUUUGUGGUAGAGUAUGAGUGGUUUACGUGGUUUGUGGUACCGUAUAUGUGGUUGGUGGUACCGAGUGAGUGGAUUGUGGUACCACAUAAAAGAGGGGUAACGUUGCCUCUGCGAGUUACUCUAUGAUAAACCGUGACUGCCGCUUCCUAGUUUUGUAGUAGCUGUAUGAUUGCGAUGUGAAUGUUUUAAUCGAAAGCCUUAUGAUGACUCUCGCAUGUUAUUGACAGACAUGUGAUGUCUUUUACGCGCAUCUGUUGUCCCAUGAUGGCAAGUGGGUCUCAGAUUCCAUCCAUUUAUAAUACUGGCACGUUUGAUGUUUCACGUCUCUCCAUGAUGUGUUCCACUUACGUUUGAUGUUUCACGUCUCUCCAUGAUGUGUUCCACUUACGUUUGAUGUUUCACGUCUCUCCAUGAUGUGUUCCACUUACGUUUGAUGUUUCACGUCUCUCCAUGAUGUGUUCCACUUAAGUUUGAUGUUUCACGUCUCGCCAUGAUGUGUUCCACUUACGUUUGAUGUUUCACGUCUCUCCAUGAUGUGUUCCACUUGUCUCAACAGUCUCAGUUUGACGCUGUCAGGGCGGCUCUCAAAGGAAGUGAGGAGAACGCCAGGCGAUUGGAGGACGAGUUGUUGAAGGAGAGAAGGACAAACAUGAGACUCGUGGAGGAGUCGACAUACAACAAGGACAGAUAUUUGAAGGAGGUGGAGGAAGCUAGUGGGAGGUAGGCUGUAGUAGGGGGGACGGGUGGGAGGUAGGUUGUAGUAAGGGAGAAGAGUGGGAGGUAGGCUGUAGUAAGGGAGAUAAGUGGGAGGUAGGCUGUUGUAAGAGAGAUAAGUGGGAGGUAGGCUGUAGUAAGAGAGAUAAGUGGGAGGUAGGCUGUAGUAAGGGAGACAAGUGGUAGGUAGGCUGUCACCCCUGGUGGAUGAGACUCGUUAACCUUGGUCGGCAACUCAUCUAAGAGAAGGAAACUCUGAAUUCAAACCCGGAGCUGGAUUCCCGUAAGGCGCAAACAAUGACAAUUCCUGCAACCGAACCCAUCCCUGGUCGUCUUGACAUAGAGUCUUGCCACUGGAUAUGGUGGGCCCGGACGAGAGAGUGAGGUUGACGCCGCGCAACUCUUCCUCACUUUUAGCAAAAAGUCACCCGCGCAAGUCACCAGUCACCGGACGACUCGAUGGUCAUCGUCGAUCUUCGACGGACGAACAAUAUAUAAAAUAUUAGAUAGGCUGUAGUAGGGAAGGUCAAUUGGAGGUAAGAUGUAAUAGGUGAGAUUAGUGGGGGGGGGGUGGUAUUUUGUAGUAGGGGAGACAAGUGGGAGGUAGGCUGUUGUAGGGGAGACAAGUGGGAGGUAGGCUGUUGUAGGGGAGACAAGUGGGAGGUAGGCUGUAGUAUAUGAGACAAAGGGAGGUUAGGUUGUAGUGGGCGGUAGGCUAUAGCAGGGGAGAAUAGUGUUAGGUAGGCUGUAGUAGGGGAGGUAUGUCGGGGAGAGGAAGAUCAAUGCCUCUUAUGUUGGUUAAAUCAUUAUAUAGUCUGUAGUUUAUCAGAAGUGAGUUUUAAAUGACGCCCUGGCUAACAUAAACAAUUUAGUGUAUAGUGAAUGUAGUUACAGAUUUAAAGUGUUAAACUAGCUAUUUUGAAAGAACUUCCGCAGGAUGUUGAUAAACGAAUGUUUACAUUUGAGUUUUAGAUUCUCACAACAUGUGUAUGUUUACAUUUGAGUUUUAGAUUCUCACAACAUGUGUAUGUUUACAUUUGAGUUUUAGAUUCUCACAACAUGUGUAUGUUUACAUUUGAGUUUUAGAUUCUCACAACAUAUGCAGAAAGCUGACGAAAGACUGGAAGAAGGCUAUGAAACAUUUGUGGCAGAAGAAUUGGCCAGCGUCAGGGAACAGCACAUCAGAGAAUUGAACAUGUUGAGGGAAGAGCUGACCACAACUUAUCAGGUAAUAGUUGAGAGAAGAACUGACCACCACAUUUCAGUUAAUAGAUGACAGAAGGACUGGCCACCGCAUAUCAGCUAAAAAUUGAAACAGACCACAACAAAGAAGGUAUUAGUUUAAAGAAGAAAUGACUCCUUCAUGAAUAGUCAUAUCCCCAACCACAACAUUAAAUACAGACUACCCUGGCUAGGUACCAUCAAACACCCCACAUGUGAGCAGCGUACCAUCAAAAACCCCACAGGUGUGCAGGGUACCAUAAAAUACCCCACAGGUGUGCAGGGUACCAUAAAAUACCCCACAGGUGUGCAGGGUACCAUAAAAUACCCCACAGGUGUGCAUGGUACCAUAAAAUACCCCACAGGUGUGCAGGGUACCAUAAAAUACCCCACAGGUGUGCAGGGUACCAUAAAAUACCCCACAGGUGUGCAGGGUACCAUCAAACACCCCACAGGUGUGCAGGGUACCAUCAAACACCCCACAGGUGUGCAGGGUGCCUUCUAACACCCACAGGUGUGCGGGGUACCAUCAAACACCCCACAGGUGUGCUGGGUACCAUCAAACACACCACAGGUGUGCGAGGUACCAUCAAACACCCCACAGGUGUGCCGGGUACCAUCAAACACCCCACAGGUGUGCCGGGUACCAUCAAACACACCACAGGUGUGCGAGGUACCAUCAAACACCCCACAGGUGUUCGGGGUACCAUCAAACACCCCCCCCCAGGUGCGCAGGGUGCCUUCUAACACCCCCACAAUUGCCUAGGGGACGAUCAAAAACUACUAAAGGUAUGAAUAAUCCAGAAAAGCUGGGAAACCUAAUCGUAAGGGAUUCAGAAAAGAGCAAAGGUUGAGAAGCCCUGAACUCUAGUCUAGAGAUGGAAUAUCCAACUCCAACAAAGAUCAUGGGCAUCGACCUGCCCUAGCAACCAAAACAAAGCCUUUCACUUCUGGUGUGAUGAUAGAUUACAUUCGAAACGAUCUUUAUUCUAGCACAAAAUAGUUGAGUGGAAGACUAAGUGUGAAACAGCACAGGCUGACCUGAUUGUCUUCAAGCGAGAAACGAAGACCUCCAGACUAGGACACGAUCAAUUAAAGGACGCCAUCACACAGCUGAAGGCCGACAAGGCGUCUUUAGAGGUACGGGGUCUUUGAGUGGGUCUGAUGUAUAGGGUCUUUGGAGGGUCUGGUGUAUAGGGUUCUGGGGGGUAUGUGGUAUAUGGUAUUUUGUGGGGUCUGAGGAGUCUUUGAGGGGUCUAUGGGGUUUGUAAUCUUAAGGGGUCCAGAAACAGGGUAUGUAUACCUUAGGGACCUCUUUACAUGCUCUAUAUAUUUAAGGGGGGUCUGAGGUACAGUGUUUGACUGAAGGGAUCUGGGGUAAAGAGUUUCUCUAAAGGGAUCUGGGGUACAUUGUUUGUCUAAAGGGAUCUGGGGUACAGUUUAAAGAGAUCUGGGGUACAGUUUUUGUCUCCAAGGGCUCUGGGGUACAGUUUUUGUCUCCAAGGGCUCUGGGGUACAUUUUGUCUCCAAGGGCUCUGGGGUACAGUUUUUGUCUCCAAGGGCUCUGGGGUACAGUUUUUGUCUCCAAGAGCUCUGGGGUAUAAGGUUUGUCUCCAAGGGCUCUGGGGUACAGUUUUUAUCUCCAAGGGCUCUGGGGUAUAAGGUUUGUCUCCAAGGGCUCUGUGGUACAGUGUUUGUCUCCAAGGGCCUUGGGGUAUAAGGUUUGUCUCCAAGGGCUCUGGGGUACAGUGUUUGUCUCCAAGGGCUCUGGGGUAUAAGGUUUGUCUCCAAGGGCUCUGGGGUACAGUUUUUGUCUCCAAGGGCUCUGGGGUAGAAGGUUUGUCUCCAAGGGCUCUGGGGUACAGGUUUUGUCUCCAAGGGCUCUGGGGUACAGUUUUUGUCUCCAAGGGCUCUGGGGUAGAGGGUUUGUCUCACUCCAAGGGCUCUGGGGUACAGUGUUUGUCUCCAAGGGCUCUGGGGUACAGUUUUUGUCUCCAAGGGCUCUGGGGUAUAAGGUUUGUCUCCAAGGGCUCUGGGGUACAGUUUUUGUCUCCAAGGGCUCUGGGGUAGAAGGUUUGUCUCCAAGGGCUCUGGGGUACAGUUUUUGUCUCCAAGGGCUCUGAGGUACAGUUUUUGUCUCCAAGGGCUCUGGGGUAGAAGGUUUGUCUCCAAGGGCUCUGGGGUACAGUUUUUGUCUCCAAGGGCUCUGGGGUAGAAGGUUUGUCUCCAAGGGCUCUGGGGUACAGUUUUUGUCUCCAAGGGCUCUGGGGUACAGUUUUUGUCUCCAAGGGCUCUGGGGUAGAAGGUUUGUCUCCAAGGGCUCUGGGGUACAGUUUUUGUCUCCAAGGGCUCUGGGGUAGACGGUUUGUCUCCAAGGGCUCUGGGGUACAGGUUUUGUCUCCAAGGGCUCUGGGGUAGAGGGUUUGUCUCCAAGGGCUCUGGGGUACAGGUUUUGUCUCCAAGGGCUCUGGGGUAGAAGGUUUGUCUCCAAGGGCUCUGGGGUACAGUUUUUGUCUCCAAGGGCUCUGGGGUACAGUUUUUGUCUCCAAUGGUUCUGGGGUAGAAGGUUUGUCUCCAAGGGCUCUGGGGUACAGUUUUUGUCUCCAAGGGCUCUGGGGUAGAAGCUUUGUCUCCAAGGGCUCUGGGGUAGAAGGUUUGCAUUUCUGGGAAAGGCUGAGUGAUUUGUUUCUUAUAUCUGAGGGUUCUCAUAACUUGGAGCUCUGUUAAUCGGAGUGUAUUUGAUAAUGGGAUAUGUAUAUUCUACGCUAGCCGUCAACUUUAAACAUUUCAUUUCGCAAUUGGUAGCUCCAGCGCCCCCUUUGGUAGUUACAGUGAUCCCUAUGGAAAUUCCAGCGCUCAUAAGGUAGUCCCAGCGCCCCUAUGGCAGUCCCAGCGCCCCUAUGGUAGUCCCGGCGCCCCAUUGUAGUCCCAGCGUCCCAUGGUAGUCCCCGUGCCCCUGUGGUAGUCCCAGCGCCCCUCUGGUAGUCCCAGCGCCCCUAUGGUAGUCCCAGCGCUCCUAUGGUAGUCCCAGCGCCCCUAUGGUAGUCCCAGCGCCCCUAUGGUAGUCCCAACGCUCCUAUGGUAGUCCAAGCGCCCCUAUGAUAGUCCAGCACUCUCUAUGGUACUUCCAGAAGCCCCCCAUCCCUAAAAUCUGCUGAACAUAUCGUCAUCUCCAUUUUGAGAACCACUGUUCUAAUACGUUAUUUAAAAAAUCUUAUUUAAAUGGAAGCCAAAAACUCCUUUCAAAUCUUUUGUUUCAAAAUGAGCAUCUUAAUAGAACAACACUUCUCUUAGAUCUCCAUGAUGUCGAUUGAACAACACUUCUCUUAGAUCUCCAUGAUGUCGAUAGAACAACACAUCUCUUAGAUCACCAUGAUGAUCAUAGACAAGCACAUUUCUUAAAUACCCAUGGUGUCAAUUGAAUAAAACCUCUCUUACAUCUCCACAAUGUCGAUAGACCAAAGCCUUUUCAGGGUGCUUACAAUGUAUUCCCUGAUAUUUCGUUAUGAAUGGAUGAGAUACAGUAAUAAAUCGUUGAAAGUGAAAUCGUUAGCUGUGACGUAAAGAUAGUCAUUUAAGGAUUCAUUAUCUUUUCUUUUGAGCGGACAUUAAAAAUGUUAACUCCACAUCUGCGUGUUGCAGGUCCAGCUGCAAGAGUGCCGAGACAGGCUAGAAGAGCUAAAGGAGUCGUCCGAACGUGAAAGAUGCCAGGCUCAGAGGGAGGUCGCUCUGCUGGCGCAGGAGCUGUCAGAAGUAAAGGACGAGUUGGACGAAAUAAGCGGAGCCAACACAAGACUGGAGAGUGAGAUUAACGCCUACAGACAUAUAGUGGAUGGCCUAGAGGAACAGGUUAGUGGAUGGCCUAGAGGAACAGGUUAGUGGACGGCCUAGAGGAACAGGUUAGUGGACGGCCUAGAGGAACAGGUUAGUGGACGGCCUAGAGGAACAGGUUAGUGGACGGCCUAGAGGAACAGGUUAGUGGAUGGCCUAGAGGAACAGGUUAGUGGACGGCCUAGAGGAACAGGUUAGUGGAUGGCCUAGAGGAACAGGUUAGUGGAUGGCCUAGAGGAACAGGUUAGUGGAUGGCCUAGAGGAACAGGUUAGUGGAUGGCCUAGAGGAACAGGUUAGUGGACGACCUAGAGGAACAGGUUAGUGGACGACCUAGAGGAACAGGUUAGUGGACGACCUAGAGGAACAGGUUAGUGGACGACCUAGAGGAACAGGUUAGUGGACGACCUAGAGGAACAGGUUAGUGGACGGCCUAGAGGAACAGGUUAGUGGACGACCUAGAGGAACAGGUUAGUGGACGACCUAGAGGAACAGGUUAGUGGACGACCUAGAGGAACAGGUUAGUGGACGACCUAGAGGAACAGGUUAGUGGACAACCUAGAGGAACAGGUUAGUGGACAACCUAGAGGAACAGGUUAGUGAAUGACUUAGAGGAACAGGUUAGUGGAUGACUUAGAGGAACAGGUUAGUGGACGACCUAGAGGAACAGGUUAGUGAGAGUGGAUACAAUCACGUGACUCGUAUAGACUACGUAACUUCUCAAUUUAGAUAAAUAGUAACGAUAUGCCACAUUAUAAUCUACGUUUAGUAAUUUAAUGCCACAUUAUAAUCUAUGUUUAGUAAUUUAAUGCCACAUUAUAAUCUACGUUUAGUAAUUUAAUGCCACAUUAUAAUCUACGUUUAGUAAUUUAAUGCCACAUUAUAAUCUACGUUUAGUAAUUUAAUGCCACAUUAUAAUCUACGUUUAGUAAUUUAAUGCCACAUUAUAAUCUACGUUUAGUAAUUUAAUGCCACAUUAUAAUCUACGUUUAGUAAUUUAAUGCCACAUUAUGAUCUACGUUUAGUAAUUUAAUGCCACAUUAUAAUCUACGUAUAGGAAUUUAAUGCUACAUUCUAUGUACUUAUAAUAAUUGAAUUAUACAUUCUUUCUACGUAUAGGAAUUUAAUGCUACAUUCUAUCACCGUAAAGUAAUUUAUGCUACAUUUAUGUACGUAUAGUAUUUAAUUUUACAUUCUGUCGACGUAAAUUAAUUUAAUGCAUAGUACUAAUACUACAUUCUAUCUAUUUAUUAUAAUUGUAUAUUUCUUAAAUAAGCAUUUGAAUAUUAAAGGUGUGUAACACAUCUACUCUGACAUGGCGUGGGAUCUUAUUUCUUAUGCUGUGGGUUAUGUCAGUAGUAUGGUUACUUAUGUUAUGUUAACACUUCAGGAUGCCGACUAAGACUUCUUCAUUCUUCCACUUGUUAUCCAGGCACGCAAAGAAGAAUGCUCAAUUCUGGUUAAACCUUACAGUACUUUAUUGAACACACUUUAUACUGAUAAUAUUAAUAAUAAUCCUUGCAUGAAUGUAAUUUCACAUGUAUAUAUAUAGUAUUCCAUCAUUAAGAAAGACACGUCCUCACACUUCUACAACUCAGCUCAACUGUCUAAUCACACAGCUCUCCUAUCUCUACUGUUCUCUACUGCUCUGCGCUCAGCUCCCUCUAUAUCAGUCAACUAGAGACCGACCGAAAGUGAUUUUCUGAUUUCACCCGAAGCCGAAAAUAGGCCGAAAGUUUAAAAUGACUUACGGCCGAAACCGAAAAAAGGCCGAAAUUUUAAAAAUGACUUUCGGCCGAAACCGAAAAAAGGCCGAAGAUUAAAAAUGAAUUUUGGCCGAAACCGAAGCCGAAACCGAAAAUGAAAUAUUAAGAUAUUUUGAAAUUCGUUCCCGCAUACAUUCUGCAUACAUCGAAAAUGAUGUGGGAAAGUAUAAAUAUUUACAUUCUUUUAUAAAAAAAAUGAGAUAAUCGUAAAUAUUAAUAAAUAAACAUCUAAUAUAGGGGUCUCAAACUCGCGGCCCGCGAGCCAUAUGUGACCCGCAAGACUAUAUUUUGCGGCCCGCAGAAAAGUUUAGUGUAAAUGCGCCGGCCCGUUUCCCCCAUUCUCAUAUCUAUAACGUGACUCUCCGCGACGGUUUCAGUCGAAUAUCACCGACUAGUCUAAUUCUGACUUUAAAAAAAAAAAUAUUUCUACAUAUUUUUGUAUGCCAGGUCUCUGGCAACAGUGAGUAGUUCUUGAGAACCCUUAAUGAUUUUAUUGUUAUUUAUAAAGGUUGAGCAGAUUGUAACAAUUGUAAUCGCUUUUUUGUGGAUAACUUGAUGCGGCCCACUCUCAUUCAGACACUACCUCCUGCCCCCCCCCAGUUUUGCUUAAUAUUAUUUUUUUAAACAGGUCCUCUAAAAAAUGUGGUUCUAAAAGAUCGCUUAAUUUGUUUUUAAAGAUCGUUUAGUUGGUUGUUAUUGAUCGUUUAGUUUGUUGUUAAAGAUCGGUGAGUUUGUUGAUAAAGAUCACUUAGUUUGUUUUUAAAGAUCGUUUAGUUUGUUGUUAAAGAUCGUUUAGUUUGUUGUUAAAGAUCGUUUAGUCUAUUGUUAAAGAUCAUUUAGUUUGUUGUUAAAGAUCGUUUAGUUUGUUGUUAAAUGUCGUUUAGUUUGUUGUUAAAGAUCGUUUAGUUUGUUGUUAAAGAUCGUUUAGUAUGUUUUUGUAAAGAUCGUUUAGUUUGUUGUUGUAAAGAUCGUUUAGUUUGUUGUUAAAGAUCGUUUAGUUUAUUGUUAAAGAUCGUUUAGUUUAUUGUUAAAGAUCGUUUAGUUUGUUGUUAAAGAUCGCUUAAUUUGUUGUCAAAGAUCAGUUAGUUUGUUCUUAAAGAUCGCUUAGUUUGUUGUUAAAGAUUCUCCAGUUUUUGUUAAUGAUCGUUUCAUUUGUUGUUAAAGAUCGUUUAGUUUGUUCAUAAAGAUCGCCUGGUUUGUUGUUAAAGAUUGCUUAGUUUGUUCAUAAAGAUCGCCUGGUUUGUUGUUAAAGAUCGCUUAGUUUGUUCUUAAAGAUGUCCAGUUUUGUUAAUGAUCGUUUCAUUUGUUCUUAAAGAUCGCUUAGUUUGUUGUUGUAAAGAUCGUUUAGUUUGUUGUUAAAGAUCGUUUAGUUUGUUAUUAAAGAUCGUUUAGUUUGUUGUUAAAGAUCGUUUAGUUUGUUUUUGUAAAGAUCGUUUAGUUUGUUGUUAAAGAUCGUUUAGUUUGUUGUUAAAGAUCGUUUAGUUUGUUGUUAAAGAUCGUUUAGUUUAUUGUUAAAGAUCGUUUAGUUUGUUGUUAAAGAUCGCUAAGUUUGUAGUCAAGGAUCGGUUAGUUUGUUCUUAAAGAUCGCUUAGUUUUUUUUUAAAGAUCGUUUAGUUUGUUCUUAAAUGUCCCUUAGUUUGUUGUUAAAUAUCGUUUAGUUUGUUUUCAAAGAUCGCUUAAUUUGUUCUUAAAUGUCCCUAAGUUUGUUGUUAAAUAUCGCUUUCGCUGAGUAUGACCGAAAACCUGAGUCACUUUCGGCCGGAUGGCCGAAAGUCUAAGUCAAUUUCGGCCGAAACCGAAGAAAAACCGAAAGUUAACUUUUCUCUUUCGGCCGAAACCGAAAUUAAGCCGAAAUUUAACUUUUCAGUUUCGGCCGAAACCGAAACUUGGCCGAAAGUGAUAAAAUGGCCACUUUCGGCGCCGAAACCGAAGCCGAAGCCGAAAUUCGGUCGGUCUCUACAGUCAACUCAUACUUUAUUACCAGCAAAGCGUGGAAAACAACCGCUCUGACAAAAACAUAAUUUUACUCUCCAAAAACGUGGAGUUCACAUUUGCAUCUCAAAAUAGAAUCCAUUGAUUGUAAAAAUUAAACUAUUCCAAUAUUUUAUAAAGUAUCUACGUUAAGCUAUUUAAUCCUAAAUUCAGUCUACGAAUAGUAAUUUAUUAAUAGCUGUUUUUUUGAAAAUUUAAAGGUGUGAAAAUGAACCAUUUCAAUUAUUUAUAAUUGCUCCUGACUACAAAGUCAGUCUGUCACAGUCUCCUUAUGAUAACAGUCAGUCUGUCACAAUCUCUUUAUGGCAACAAAGUCAAUCUGUCAGUCUCCUUAUGACAACAAAGUCAAUCUGUCACAGGCUCUUUGUGACAACAAAGUAAAACUGUAAUAGUUUCCUUAUGAACAAAGUCAAUUUGCCACAGUCUCCUUAUGACAACAAAGUAAAUCUGCCACAGUCUCCUUAUGACAACAAAGUCAAUCUGCCACAGUCUCCUUAUGACAACAAAGUCAAUCUGCCACAGUCUCCUUAUGACAACAAAGUCAAUCUGCCACAGUCUUCUUAAAAACAAAAAAAAUUAAUCUUAACAAAAAUGCCCGACGAUUUUAACUGACUUUGCAAAUUGGCGUGUGUACACAUCAUAACAUGUGCACCCAUCAUAACAUGUUAACCCAUCAUAACAUGUGCACCCAUCAUAACAUGUUAACCCAUCAUAACAUGUGCAUCCAUCGUAGCAUGUGCACCCAUCAAAACAUGUGCACCCAUCAUAACAUGUGCACCCAUCAUAACAUGUUAACCCAUCAUAACAUGUGCACCCAUCAUAACAUGUUAAUCCAUCAUAACAUGUGCACCCAUCAUAACAUGUGCACCCAUCAUAACAUGUGCACACAUAAUACAUGUGCACCCAUCAUAACACGUGCACCCAUCAUAACAUUUUAACCCAUCAUAACAUGUGCAUCCAUCAUAGCAUGUGCACCCAUCAUACAUGUUAACCCAUCAUAACAUGUGCACCCAUCAUAAUAUGUUAACCCAUCAUAAUAUGUUAACCCAUCAUAACAUGUGCAUCCAUCGUAGCAUGUGCACCCAUCAUAACAUGUGCACCCAUCAUAACAUGUUAACCCAUCAUAACAUGUGCACCCAUCAUAACAUGUUAAUCCAUCAUAACAUGUGCACCCAUCAUAACAUGUGCACCCAUCAUAACAUGUGCACCCAUCAUAACAUGUGCACUCAUCAUAACACGUGCACCCAUCAUAAAACGUGCACCCAUCAUAACAUUUUAACCCAUCAUAACAUGUGCAUCCAUCAUAGCAUGUGCACCCAUCAUAACAUGUGCAGACCAUCAUAACAUGUGCACACAUGAAACAUGUGCACCCAUCAUAACACGUGCACCCAUCAUAACAUGUUAACCCAUCCUAAUAUGUGCACCCAUUAUAACAUGUGCAGCCAUCAUAACAUGCUAACUCAUCAUAACAUGUGAACCCAUCAUAGCAUGUGCACCCAUCAUAACAUGUGCACCCAUCAUAACACGUGCACCCAUCAUAACAUGUGCACCCAUCAUAACAUGUGCACCCAUCAUAGCAUGUGUACCCAUCCUAACAUGUGAACAUUACGGUUCAACGUGAUGGCCGGAGAGAUCGGUUCCCGGAAAUUUGUGCGAAAUGAAUUUGUUAGAAGGAAUAUUGCUCGACGAAUUUGUGUUCGACGUUUUUAAAAAAAUGGAAAUAAUUAAAAUUAAAAUACAACUUAUUUCAAACUUUCUCUUCCAUCAAGAAAGAACACUACGUUGAGAUAAUUUAUUGUCGAAAUAAAUUGCUAUCAAAAUUUUUUUUUUACAAAGACAUUGUCGUUGUAACAAAUUCCCGUCGUACAAUUUAGCUUCAGACAAAUUCGUUUCGUACACAUUUCCGGAUAUGUUUGUGGUUGACCUCACAAACCAAAUCCAGACAUGAUGGUGAAACUCAGAUGGAACAACAUCAUUACAAAAUGGGUGCCCGCAGGUAGGGGCAAAGGGGGAACUUGCCCCCCCUGGAUUGAUUGGAUAAAAAAUUUUUAGUCAAAAAUAGACAAAAAAAAUUAUUAAAGUAAAGAGAAAUUAAAGAGAAAGUAACGAAGCUGAUGUCCUGUCCGUAACCAUACAAAUACGCUACAGUAAAUUAAAACUAUAUUAAAACAUUACUAAAAAAUGUUUGCCCCCUCCUGGGAAGUUAAUCGAUUUUUUUUUGCCCCCCCCCCCUUAGAAAGUUUUCUGCGAGCGCCCAUGAUUACAAGUAACAUUAACAUCGUGACGUCAAACUGAAGCCAAGAGACAAGAUAGCGUCUGUUCUUGUUGAUUAUUGACUUUUGAAGACUGUAGGUCAAGGCCAUUACUCAUGUGUGAUUUACCUUUCUUCAAAUAGUGCAUUGUAUUGUUAUUGCUGCUGUCUUGGGCUGUUAAAACAGCAUUUACCGUCAAUACAGCCUAACCGUCAAUACAGCAUUUACUGCCAAUGCAGCAAUUUCCUGUCAAUACAGCAACCUAAACGUUUGGUUGACAACGGGAGUUAUUUAUUCCAUUUAGAAAUAAGUCCAGACUUUCUAGAUGCACGGUACUUACGUCAGCCUUGUUUCUUACAGGCACCGCCCAAACACCGGCCAUCACACAAGACAUCAAGGUCACAGGGGGAGCUGGAAGAGAAACCAACAAGGGAGAUCAAUGAGAGGACAAAACGGUGGGUGGACGACAAAAUGAGCUGGUCCGGUCUGCCGACGGAACUGGCGUUCGUGGGGGUUUGUCCCACAGGGACGUACGGCUGGACAACCAACAAAUCAGUGUCUUAACAUUAGUCUGGGAACGGGCCGCAAUGUCAAUGUUCUAACAAACAUCCACUUUGUACUUACAGACAUCCACUAUGUAAUUCUAAAGCACAUGUUAGUUUGCCUUCUGCGAAAGUGAGAAUGUUGACCGGGUGGGUUGGGGGGGGGGGUUAGGGGGUGUUGCAAUCAUACAACAAUAUCAAAAUAAAUAGUUGUCAAAUAUUUACGAAUAAAUUUAACGUUUACUGCUAAAAACUAAACACACAACUCGGCGUACGAAACAAACAACAAACAAACAAAGUGAAUAAUCAUGAUACCAUUUUUGUUCGUGUUCUACCUAUAGAACUAAUGAGUUCAAUCAAGGGAUAGGGGUCCUAGAUGUUGACCCUGACGGAAAAUAUGUCACACUGGUCAACAAUACUGACCAUCCCAUUGAUCUGUGUCUUUGGAGUGUCCAGCAGGCCAAUGGAGCUGGACAGACCGUAAGUAGAGUUCUUAUAAUAGGAUUAGGGAGCUGUACUAAGGGGAGCUUGACUAAAGGGAGCUAGACUAAGGGGACCUGGACUAAGGGGAGCUGGACUAAGGGGACCUGGACUAAGGGGAGCUAGACUAAGGGGACCUGGGCUAAGGGGAGCUGGACUAAGGGGAGCUCGACUAAGGGGAGCUGGACUAAGGGGAGCUGGACUAAGGGGAGCUGGACUAAGGGGAGCUGGACUAAGGGGAGCUGGACUAAGGGGAGCUGGACUAAGGGGAGCUGGACUAAGGGGAGCUGGACUAAGGGGAGCUGGACUAAGGGGAGCUCGACUAAGGGGAGCUGGACUAAGGGGAGCUGGACUAAGGGGAGCUGGACUAAGGGGAGCUGUAACAACAAAAUGCCCACAAUAAUGUCCGCCGUAAUAGGUGUUGGAAAAGCCCACCAAUUUAUAAGUUCACCAAUUUAUAAGUCCACCAAUUUAUAAGUCCACCAAUUUAUAAGCCCACCAAUUUAUAAGCGCACCAAUUUAUAAGUCCACCAAUUUAUAAGUCCACCAAUUUAUAAGCCCACCAAUUUAUAAGUCCACCAAUUUAUAAGUCCAGCUAUUUGUAAGUCCACCAAUUUAUAGUCCACCAAUUUAUAAGCCCACCAAUUUAUAAGUCCAACAAUGUAUAAGUCCACCAAUUUAUAAGUCCACCAAUUUAUAACCCCACCAUUUUAUAAGUCCACCAUUUUAUAAGUAAGUCCACCAACUUCAGCGAUCACUACUUAACUUGUUAUUCACCUGCAGUAAAGUUCUCACCUGGAUUACCUGUAGGAAUGUCCUGGGUAACAUGUAGGUAUAUUCUCGCAUGGCUAACACCUGUGGCUAUGUUCUGAUCUCGGUAACCUGUUGGACUGCUCUCGCCUGUGUACCUGUAGCUAUAUUCUCAUCUCGGUAACCUGUUGGACUGCUCCCACCUGUGUACCUGUAGCUAUGUUCUCAUCUCCGUGACCUGUUGGACUGCUCCCACAUGUGUACCUGUAGCUAUGUUCUCAUCUCGGUAACCUGUUGGACUGCUCCCACCUGUGUAACUGUAGCUAUGUUCUCAUCAGUAACCUGUUGGACUGCAUUCACCUGUGUACCUGUAGCUAUGUUCUCACCUCGGUAACCUGUUGGACUGCUUUCACCUGUGUACCUGUAGCUAUGUUCUCACCUUGGUAACCUGUUGGACUGCUCUCACCUGUGUACCUGUGACUUUGUUCUUACCUCGGUAACCUAUCGGACUGCUCUCACCUGUGUACCUGUAUGAAUAUUCUCACCUUGGUAACCUGUUGGACUGCUCUCACCCCGCAGGUCAAAUAUGAGAUCAAGAGCAAACAACUCCUGGAUCCCGGGGUCAAGCUGACACUGUGGAGCAGUGACGUCGGACAUCACGUGACGGGCAUGGAUGACGGUGACUCCGGCAGUGACGUCAAGUCGGACGUAGAUAUUUCUGACAAGGGAUACAGCAAUCUGCACGUGACGAUGUUGGAGACUUGUUGGCUGAAGCUAGACACGCUUAUAGCUGUGAGAGUAGAGGACGGAGACGGGCAACUACAAGUAGGUGGAUCCAGCGUGUGGGAAGGGGGUGGGGUAAAGCGGCACCUAAAGUGUAGGGUGGGGAUGGAGGUGGGUCGGCAAGCUACAAGUAGGUGGAUCCAGCGUGUGCGAAGGGGGUGGGGUAAAGCGGCACCCCAAGUGUAGGAUGGGGGUGGAGUUGGAGCAGCAAGCUACAAGUAGGUCUAUCCCAAGUAUAGGAAGAGGGUGGCUUUGGAGGAGGUUUAUCCCAAUUUUAGACAGGGAUUUCGGCCUAGGAGGGAAGUUGAAGACGGCCAGUAUGUUGAUUCUACAAGUCUUGUAAGUAGAAGUGAUGCUGGCUAGUAUCAGGUAUUGGAGCUCUUGAGAGAAUUUUGGCACAUUCUACACAUUGCCCUUUAUUUUGACACGGCUUUUAGACGUUUGGGAGAGAAUACAGAAAGCGAGUAAAAGAAAAGCAACAGGCAUGUGUUUAACAGACAUGCAUUUAACAGACAUGCAUUUUAACAGACAUGCAUUUUAACAGACAUGCAUUUAACAGACAUGCAUUUUAACAGACAUGAAUUUUAACAGAUAUGCAUUUUAACAGACAUGCAUUUAACAGACAUGCAUUUUAACAGACAUGCAUUUAACAGACAUGCAUUUUAACAGACAUGCAUUUAACAGACAUGCAUUUUAACAGACAUGCAUUUAACAGACAUGCAUUUUAACAGACAUGCAUUUUAACAGACAUGCAUUUAACAGACAUGCAUUUUAACAGACAUGCAUUUUAACAGACAUGCAUUUUAACAGACAUGCAUUUAACGGACAUGCAUUUUAACAGACAUGAAUUUUAACAGAUAUGUAUUUAACAGACAUGUAUUUAACAGCCUUGCAUUUUAACAGACAUGCAUUAACAGACAUGCAUUUUUAACAGGCAUAAAUUUUACAGACAUGCAUUUUACAGGCAAGCAUUUAACAGACAUGCAUUUAAGAGACACUAAUUUAACAGACAUGUAUUUUAACACACACGCAUUUAACAGAAUUCCAUUUAAUAGACAUGCAUUUAACAGGCACGCAAUUAACAGACUCGCAUUUCUAAGGUAUUUAUCGAAGGGCUGCAUUUGAGAGAUAGUUGUUUUUAUUGACACUGGGAUGACACUUCAAAUGUGUCUGUGAAAGUUAGCAAAACUAACGCAGACACACACUACACACACACACACACACACGCACACACACACACACACACACACACACACACACACACACACAGGAUAUAUAUAUAUAUAUAUAUAUAUAUAUAUAUUAAGAUCGAUUAUGUCUGUGAAAGAUAGAAAAACACACACACACACACACACCACACACACACACACACACACACACACACACACACACACACACACACACACACACACACACAGGAUAUAUAUAUAUAUAUAUAUAUAUAUAUAUAUAUUAAGUUCGAUUUUGGCUGAAAACCUUCUUGGGCUAAAACGGGAGCAUGCAUUGAAAUAGAAUGACAAGACUUAGAAAAUAUAAUGAGGAACUUGCCUGUCCAAAAAUGUAACCUACGACAAGCAGACAUUUAAAAAAGGAAAAGAUUAGCUUUACAAGGAUUGUUUAAAUUCAGCCACUGUAAGCUCUGUAUAGCAUGAGAGCGUAUAGUUUAAUAAUGACCUAAGGUCAGCACAUCCUAUGUUAAUAUUGAAAGGUUUACUCUCUGCCGCUGCUUGGCAAACCUGGCCAAUGAGAUUGGGUUCAGUGUUAGUUCUUCCGAUGAGUCCGCCAUUGUAGCUGAGGUCACGAAUACAGCUAUCUGUGAUAGUUUUGAUUAAAAGUUGCCCAUUCUGUUGAUAGUUGAUAACUUUAUCACUCAAGUUUAUCAUUUUAACGUGUCAUCUUAAAUCAACAUUGACACGUUUCAGGCGAGAUGUCAAGUCAACGCUGUCAAAGACCAAAAUGUCGCCAAACUUAACCCGCCGCAUGGGUACCUCAGGGGCUGGCGCACACGUUUUGAGGACCCCGCCACGUCAAGCGCCCCCACCCUCUUACCUGAGCUCCACCCCCAACCCGUCAUCAGGGGCGCUGCACGUUUUCCCGGGACCGCCGUAAAUCGCCGGAGAGACGGGAUACAGGAUAAGGAUGGCUGCCGUGUCAUGUGACUCGCUGAGACGGGAUACAGGAUAAGGAUGGCUGCCUUGUCAUGUGACUCGCUGAGACGGGAUACAGGAUAAGGAUGGCUGCCUUGUCAAGUGACUCGCUGAGACGGGAUACAGGAUUAGGAUGCCUGCCUUGUCAUGUGACUCGCUGAGACGGGAUGCAGGAUAAGGAUGGCUGCCUUGUCAUGUGACUCGCUGAGACGGGAUACAGGAUAAGGAUGGCUGCCGUGUCAUGUGACUCGCUGAGACGGGAUACAGGAUAAAGAUGGCUGCCUUGUCAUGUGACUCUCUCAACUCAAUUUCCAAAAUUUCUUUUUUCAUAUACGAUCAAUCAUGACUAUCUGGCACCUGCUGAUUUUGGCGUCAUGGGUCGAUGUCUAUGGCGUCAUGGGUCGAAUGUGUAUGGCGUCACGGAGCUAUGGAUUUGUUGUGUAAUGUGUCCGUAAGCUAGUCUUAGGUUUCGACUGCUCGUUUAUAAAUGUAAUAUAGUCACAAGGCAAGUAACAUAAAGUUGUGGUUGUGAGAAACAUUGACAGGACAGCUGCUAUAUAAUAUUGGCGCACAGUUUGAGAAACAUUGAUAGGGCGAGUGCUUAAAAAUAUUGGCGCACAGUUUGAGAAGCAUUGAUAGAACGACUACUUUAAACCAUUGAGCGCAAAGUCCGAGAAAAGCAAGGACAUAUCUCAGGAUUGUAUCAUCGACAUUACACAAAACACGCAGUCGACCAGGGGCGUCUACUUAGGCGUCAAUAGAUUGGGUCCUGGCAAAACUGGAAAAUAAUGAGUGUGUGGUUUCAGAGACAUGAUUUUGAGAUUUCGAAAAAAAAAAUUCUUCUUCUCAGACAGGUUCCGGAGACUCGAAUGACUGAAAUAAACCAACAUUGGCAGCAGUGUGACAUUGCAACCACUUCCAUGACAAAUGGUGGUAACAUUCUGUGACAACAAUAAACCACAUGAGACAUGUCACGUUUGAUUUUAAAUUUAAAAUUAGUUGACACUGACGAAGGUGUGUGGUGGGAUUUCAGGUUGGGCCUGUGGUGGGACCUAUGGUGGGACCUGUGGGGGUACAAUAUUUGUUUACCCCAUAAAGUGUAUGAGACUUAGCAUUGACAAAUCUUCAUAUAAUCCACCAAUGACUGGUCUCUACUGAUGUAUAGAAGUUUGGUCUAGUGCACAUUGAUGUAUAGAAGUUUAGUACAAAAGUUUUGGUCUAGUCUACAUUGAUGUACAGACG